GGCCACAGCCAGAAUGGAGACCCCAGCCCCUGGCCGCACCCACAGCGUCGUGCUGGUCCUGCUCUCGCUGGCCGUCCUCCACACCAGCAAGGCCCAAAAGAACAGUAGCAGAACAAGGUCACAGUAAUAGGACUAUUCAGAGGUUUGUGGUGAAGAGGAAACCUUUAGUAUUACGAAGUGCUGAGUACAGUGUCUGGCACCAGGCAGACAGACACUCACGUGUAAACGAGGCACUCAGCCUGCCGUGCACCUCUGUGCUGAACACAAGUAUGCCACGUGCAAGCAGGCAAGCGCCGUGUCAGCUCUGCCUGUGUACACAUACCCUUCCUUGGAGACUGCACACCUGGGGCAAAAUACACAUGCUUGGGGGAGUGCCCCCGGGGACGGAUGGAGCAACAAGGGAAGCCCCACGGCUGUGGAGAAAAGGACAAAGCAGAAGAUGCUCAGGCUUAGAGGUCCAGAAUGACAUUGACAUCUACAGCCUCACUGUGGACUCUAAGGUCUCCUCCCGAUUCGCCCACACAGUCAUCACCAGCCGGGUGGUCAACAAGGCUGAUGCCGUGCGGGAGGCCACCUUCCAGAUGGAGCUGCCCAAGAAAGCCUUCAUCACCAACUUCUCCAUGGUCAUCGAUGGUGUGACCUACCCAGGUAACAUCAAGGAGAAGGCUGCAGCCCAGGAGCAGUACAGCGCGGCCAUGGCCAGGGGCGAGAGUGCCGGCCUUGUCACGGCCACCGGGAGAAAGACCGAGCAGUUCCAGGUGUCCGUCAGCGUGGCUCCCGCUGCCAAGGUCACCUUCGAGCUGGUGUAUGAGGAGUUGCUGGCCCGUCACCUGGGGGUGUAUGAGCUGCUGCUGAAAGUCCGGCCCCAGCAGCUGGUCAAACACCUGCAGAUGGACAUUCACAUCUUCGAGCCUCAGGGCAUCAGCUUUCUGGAGACAGAGAGCACCUUCAUGACCAAUGAACUGGCAGAGGCCCUCACCACCUCACAGAACAAGACCAAGGCUCACGUCCGAUUCAAGCCAACACUGUCACAGCAACAAAAGUCUCCGGAAAAGCAGGACACGGUCCUAGAUGGCAACUUCAUUGUCCGCUACGAUGUGGACCGGCCUGUCUCCGGGGGUUCCAUUCAGAUUGAGAAUGGCUACUUUGUGCACUACUUUGCCCCUGAUAGCCUGUCCACGAUGCCCAAGAAUGUGAUCUUCGUCAUUGACAAGAGCGGCUCCAUGAUGGGCAGGAAAAUAAAGCAGACCCAGGAAGCCCUCAUCAAGAUCCUGGAUGACCUCAGUCCCCAUGACCAGUUCAACCUCAUCAGCUUCAGUGCGGAAGCAACCAAGUGGAAACCUUUGCUAGUGCCAGCCUCGACUGAGAAUGUGAAUGAGGCCAAGAGCUACGCCACUGGCAUCCGGGCCCAGGGAGGGACCAAUAUAAAUGAUGCGAUGCUGAUGGCCGUGCAGCUGCUGGAGAAAGCCAACCGGGAGGAGCUGUUGCCUGCAGGGAGCAUCACCCUCAUCAUCCUCCUCACUGAUGGCGACCCCACUGCAGGGGAGACCGACCCUUUGAAAAUCCAGGAGAACGUGCGAAAAGCUGUAAAUGGCCAGCAUAGUCUCUUCUGCCUGGGCUUCGGCUUCGAUGUCAGCUACGCCUUCCUGGAGAAGAUGGCACUAGAAAACGGCGGCCUGGCCCGGCGCAUCUAUGAGGACUCAGACUCCGCCCUGCAGCUGCAGGACUUUUACCAGGAGGUGGCCAACCCACUGAUGAUGUCAGUGGCCUUUGAGUACCCGAGCAAUGCUGUGGAGUCGGUCACGCAGGACAACUUCCGGGUGUUCUUCAAGGGCUCCGAGUUGGUAGUGGCUGGGAAGCUCCAGGACCACAGCCCUGACGUGCUCUCAGCCCAAGUCCGGGGGCAGCUGCACAGGGAGAACAUCACCUUUGUGAUGGAGUCCCAUGUGGCCGAGCAGGAGGAGAUGUUCCGGGGCCCCAAGUACAUCUUCCACAGCUUCAUGGAGAGACUCUGGGCAUACCUGACCAUCCAGCAACUGCUUGAGCAAAUGGUCUUUGCAUUAGAUGCUGAGAAGCAGGCUCUUGAGGCCCGCGCACUGAGCUUGUCACUCAGCUACAGCUUUGUCACCCCCCUCACGUCCAUGGUGAUCACCAAACCUGAAGGUCAAGAACAGUCUCAGGUUGCUGAGAAGCCUGUGGAGGAUGAAAGCAGAGACAGGAGAGUCCCCCUAGGGCCCAUGGGGUUUGGUCAGUCCAUGGACAGAGCAUCCUGGAAAACAGGCGGAGGUUUGAAACUGUUAAACAGCCCUCCAAGAUUGGGAGUACCUGGACGUUUUCUUGCUCCUCCUCCUCCAUUCCACCGCACGACCUCGAGAUCGGUGCUACCAGAGCUGACGUUACGUCCUGGUGGAGCAUCUUAUGACGUGGAUUUCAGAAUCAAAGGAACAACCCUGACAGCCCCACCCUUCGCUCCCAUCCAGGCUCCUUCUGUCAUCCUGCCACUGCCUGGGCAGAGCGUGGACCAGCUCUGUGUGGACUUCCGGCGCCCUCAGGAGCUAGUGAACCUGCUGUCGGACCCUGACCAAGGGGUUGAGGUGACUGGCCACUAUGAGACAGCGAAGGCCUGCUUCUCGUGGAUUGAGGUGACCUUCGAGAACCCCCAGCUGCAAGUCCAUGCGUCCCCUGAGCAUGUGGUUAUUACUCGAAACCGAAGAAAUUCUGCAUACAAGUGGAAGGAAACACUGUACUCAGUGAUGCCCGGCCUCAAGGUGACCAUGGACAAGGCGGGGCUCCUGUUGCUCAGCAGACCAGACAGGGUGACCAUCGGCCUGCUGUUCUGGGACGGCCCCGGAAAGGGGCUCCGGCUUCUCCUGCAGGACACUGAACGCUUCUCCAGCCACGUCAGUGGGACCCUUGGCCAGUUUUACCAGGACGUCCUCUGGGGGCCUCUGGACACGGCAGAUGACUGCAAGCGAACACUGAAGGUCCAGGGGCGUGACUACUCUGCCACCAGAGAGCUCAAGCUGGAUUACCAAGAGAGUCCCCCAGGCAAAGAGAUUUCCUGCUGGUCUGUGGAGCUGUAGUUCUGGAAGGAGCUACACCCACCACCCCCUGCCACCGCCCUGUGUGCAGAUGGUUGCCACCCAGUGACCACAGGGCCACUCUGGGCCCUGGAACAUUGUAGGGAGAGGUAUUUGCACUCAAUAAAAUAAAGAGAGAUGGUGUGAGCCCAGGGAGUGGGCAUCUCUGGUUUCAUCUGGCCAAAUCCCCAAGCAUCAAGGUCAUGUGCUGGACAUGUAGCGUCGUGUACCAUUAGAAUCAUCCACCGUCAGCCACUCAAAGGCCUGUGGCCAGUAAGGCCCACAGAGAGCGUUCAGCCCUAUCCCUUCACUUUACAGGCUGGGAAACUAUGAUUUAGAGUGAUUGGAACUGUUUAAAUGUUGCUCUUGCUGGGGCCAUGGAGCCAGAGAACACUGGGGAACAGGGUUCAUUCUGCUUUAUGGUGACACAGGGUCCAUGAAAAGAAUAAAAGGGUGACCUGGGUAGAAGUUCAUUACAGGCCAGCUCCCAACAUUCUCAGCCACCUGUGGGGCCCUUUCGCAGUAGGAUUUGCAGGAUACAAUUUGGUUUUCACACCUGUGCUCAGAAACAGGCCUGUCUUCUCACUGCCUGGCAGAGACGCUGGCAGGGGAAGACCAGGGAGACAGAGAUGAGGCCCUAGUCCCAGGAGGGAAGCAAGGUCUGUUCCCAGGAGCCUGGGUCAUUGAGGGGCUUCUGUCCAGGCCUAGGGUUAGACACCCCAAACAUCCCACCCAAUUCCUGCACAGGCAAAGCAUACUUU